UAAAAACGUUCAAAUCUCUAUGUAGUUCAUUUUAAUAGGAAAAUAAUCAUUCGUUGUCAUUCAAAAUUGUACUUACAGUAUAAUUAAUUAACCAAUCAUUUAACACUAUACAUAAAAAAUAUAUUACAUGUACAGUAUGUGUACAUUUGUUCAUUUUACCACCAUUUUUAUUUGAUUAUUCACCAUAAAUCAAUUAGACAAUGAUUUCAUGAGGUACAUGAAUAAACCUAUGAUACAUCAAUUCAACCAAUUGAAGGGAAAACGGCUAAAUAAACAUAACAAUUACAGGACUAUUGAGAAAACAAAAUACUGUAUGAAAUAGACCAGAUCAUUGGUGUGUAAGAUUUUCUGCCUUUUUGUAGAAAAUACACCAUUUAUUUUAUGUUUUUACAUGCAUGCAAUAGCAUGCUAUUAAGUCCAUUUUUAUUUUCGAAGUGUACAAAUGACAUUUUGUUGUAUUCAAUCAAGCAAGCUGAUUUUACAAAAUGGAUCGUCACCUCGUAGCAACGUUGUCCCAGUAGUAACCUAGGUUACGUCACGCCCACUUUGUUGUCAUGGUGGUGUUUGGACUACGUCCUCGACGUGAACACUUAAACCAAGGGACAGCUUGAAACAUGAUUCUGAUUCUGAAGUAUAUCGAAUCCAUAUGAUAAACUCCGUAAAUGUGAAACCGACACGUGACCUCUGUUGCAUUUGCAGGUGACAGAAUGGGAAGGAGAGAUAGGAAAAACGGGACAAGUCACGAGUCUCUGCACAAGGACACGAUUCAAGCACGUCGCGUCGCGUUCAAAACACCAGCAACUGCAGUUCUUCUCCUGAGCGCUCCCGAAGAGGACGUUUUAAUAAAAGCAUGUCAAGCGAUCUACGAAUUUGCGGAAGAAGGAGAUUUGAGCAAGGUUUAUCUGACGGAGCAUGGGGCGUUGGGGCCUCUCAGUCAGCUCAUCGCUCACUCCAACAACAAGAUCAGACGCAAUGCCUUCAUUGGACUAGGUGUCAUGGCUACCAACAGUGCAGCCAGGACUGCCCUACAAAACAUGGAUGUUAUUCCAUCGAUCAUUGACAAACUAUCGCUUGACGACACUGUUGUCCAAGAGUUUGGCACCCUGUGCCUGUCCUGUCUGUCCGUGGAGUCCUGCUGUAAAGUGCAGAUCAUUGACAACAAUGGUCUACCACUGUUAAUCAACCUCCUCUCUAGUUCUGACCCAGAUGUUCAGAAGAACUCUCUGGAUACCAUCUACAACUUGGUUCAGGACACACAAAUUUGCCCGGCUGUCAUCGAGUUACACGGGCUACGUCAACUCCUCACACUGCUGAAGUCAGACUUCAAUGCCAUUCAGCAAUUGGCUUUAAACACACUGCAGACAAUCGCUAUUAGUAAAGAAUCACAAAGCGCCUUCAGAGAAGAACGGGUAUUUGAUGAGCUAAUCGAGAUCCUCAAUAAUAAGGAUUUAAUUGACCUUCAUAUGGAGACCCUGCUGAUUCUUUCUAAUUGUAUGAGUGACCUCGAGAGUUUCCGGAUGAUACAAAAUGGAGGAGGCCUUUCCACGCUGAUGGACCUUCUUCUCACCCCCAAAGUGUCUGAGAGCCAGGCAGUUUUGCUUAAAAACGGCAAUAUUGAAAUGCAGGCCAUUGCUGUUAAGUGCAUUGCGUGUGCUGCUCAGAACCCUGGCCUUCACCCAUUUCUGCACGAGCAGAAGAUUGAGAAGGUUCUGGUAGAUCUUCUGUCUGGGGGCAGCGAUAAUGUGAAAGCGUAUGGCUGCCGAGCCUUUGCCGCCUUGAGCUCCUUCUUGCCCAGCAAAGACCUCUUCAGGGAUUUAGGCGGCAUACCUAUCGUGGUUCGGUUACUGAAGAGUAAGUGCCCCGAGAUCAUUGAGCAUGCUACCCAGGGUCUUGCCAACCUCACAUCUGGAGACCAGCUCAAUACUAUGGAAGUAUUUUACGCAGGAGGACCUAAGGUGCUCGUGCAGAGGCUACAAGACACUUGUCCUAAAGUGUUGGCAAAUUCGAUAACCAUACUCGGCAGGAUGGCAGGACAGGAAGCCGUCCGGUGUAAGGUGGUAUCCGAGGGAGUCGUGCCAGCGCUGGUGGAGCCUUUGAAAUCAGCAGACACACAGGCCCUGAUCAAUGCCUUGCUCUGCAUCUGCGAGCUGGCAUUUGAGGAAGACGCCAGAGCAAAACUGCGAGGGGCUGAUGGUCUCGAACCAUUGGUCCGUUUGCUGCGUUCCAGUCAUAUGGAGGUGUUGCGCUGCACAUGUAUGGCAAUCAGUGUUUGUGCAAAGGAUGAGCCCACUGCAUUGGAGAUGUGUAAAUUCGGAGCCUUGGAAAUCCUUCAAGAAAUCACCCAGUCAAUAAAUCGUAGGAACAAGUUCACGGAGUUUGCCUUGAUCAGUCUGCUCAAAUACAACCUGUCUCUCAAAUAUGGUCUACUGGGUUAUUUGGCCACUACUGAUGUCAUCAUAGAUGGCCUCUACGACGCUGGGAAGGUUGGUUUUUGUCAGAAGGGUUUGACCUUAGAGGACCUGUGCAUGGAACCAGUAAACCGACGGCGGCCUGUCAUUGUUGUCAACGCAAUCGAGACGAGUGAUGAAGUGCAACAGAAAGAUGAGGCCCAGUCAGAGUGUAGUGAAGAGAGAAAUCGCAUACUGAUGGAGGACAUCUCAUUGCCGCUUCUAGUGAAAGAGGUCAAAGACUCCAUUGAGCCGUUGAUUGAAGAACAAGAACAAUAUGUUGCUUUGGCCAGGUUUGUCUCCGAAAUCAUGGGUGGAGCCAUUGGAAAGGAAGAGCGAGACACAUUUGCAUGGCUGCAGCACCUUGAGGAGCUCAGGUAUAAGCUGCAGUGUAAUGUAAUCCCUAUUGGCAUGAUUAGCAAAGGAUUCCAUUGCCAUAGGGCACUUCUUUUCAAGUACUUGGCUGACAGCAUUGGCCUGAGGUGUACUCUGGUGAGAGGUGACUACAAUCGUGCUUGGAAUGAAGUACUCCUCUACAAGGGAGAGCCCUGUUGCAAUGAAAACCUUUCACAGCCAUGUUGCUACAUUGUUGACCUCAUGCACCAGCCUGGAACCUUCCUGGCGGCUGAUAGCACUGCUGCUAUCGAAUAUGAAAGCCUGUAGAGGAGGGGUGCCAAACUCCAUUUCACGGUGGGCCAAAAUUUAAAAUUGGCACAACGUCGUGGGCCGAACUCAAUAUUGAAUGAAAAAUCACUGCGAUGUGCACGUUGCCCUUUUCUGCAGAAAUGUUAGCAUUCAACUUUAUCAUAUGCUGAAACACUGAAUCUGGGAUAA